AUGGACGCUGGACGUGAGCAGCAGCGCCAGCAAUUGGGCAAGAUGGGUCUUCUGGAUAUAAUCGAGCAGCGCGAGAAAGAAGACCGAGCAGCAAUGGAAGAAUACAACGCCGCCCGCAACACCGAUCGAACAGCCGGCAAUCGCUCUGCACCCGACACCAAUGCCCAGCCCCCCCAACCCGGAUUCAAUCCAAACAACUACGGCAUGAUAAUGCCGUUCGACGUAUCCGAGAACCUCAUCACCGGCUGCAACAUCUGUCCCCAACAAACCAACCUCAGCCGCUGCAGCGCCUGCAAAGUAGUCCACUACUGCAGCCCCGAGCACCAACGCGCCGACCGCCCCGCCCACAAGGUGUGGUGCAAAUCCAUCAAAAAGAUCACGUUCGUCCUCGACAAAGACGAAGCCGCCCUCCGAGCCCACAAGGGCGAUAUGGAUACACCACCCAACGCGUUCGAAACCGCCAUCGGCGACUUCUGGCGUUACAGCGGAACGAGGAACUACAUGCGUUCACGAAACGAGCUCUUAAGAGAACUGCCUAGAUUGAAUACUACAGCGGCGGUGGAAGCUGCGCUGGAACACGCGCUUGGUUUGAUGCGGUUGAAUCUGCAGGAUCUGAUCUUAAGUUGCGACUGGAAGAAUGUUAGGCAGCUGCCGCAUGAGAUGGGCAGUGGGGAGGAUGCGUGGGAAAAUGUUGAUGUGUUUGAACGGGUCAGGAACUUUGGCGAUGGUUUUGGCAAUGGGGGUGGGGAUAACUUCGCCGUGCCCAGUUUCUCGGAUCUGUCGCAUCUUGUUGCGGUUACGCUGGUCAAGGUACGCAUGCUUAUCGAUACAUUCAUACUCACCGAGAGCGUUCAACCACAGCGCUUUGGCGAAUUGAACACCAGCAGCAUUGUGUUGCGCGACGCCAUAAGAGAAGGAGAUAUUGGAGAGGUUGAGAUCGUGUUCGAGGAGAUGAAAGAUCAGGUCAAGCGAUUAUACCACGCUGUGGACAGAGUCAACAAGCACUUCUGGCCUCGAGUGGUAGAGCCCCGGGCCCAUCUACUGAUGAACCCUAUUUCCAUUGGUAUGGGCGAGGAGACGGAGAUGCACAAGGUUUUGCCGGAAUACUACUGUGCAUGGAGUGAAACACCGGGCGCGAUUGAAGUCAUUGAGGAUAUUUUGGAGGGACGUGAGAUUUCCUUUUCACGCUCGGUCGGAAGAGGACUUUUUAAGAAAUAG